CAGAGGGAGCGCGAGGAAGAGGAGGAGGAGGGGGAGUGGGGGGCGGAGCCUAAGCCGCCGCGGGGCCUCGCUCCGUCAGUCGCUGCGCUGAGGCGUCUGUGGCUGUUUGUUGUUUUCCGCCCAGGAGGGGCGGCAGGGAAUCUCGCCUCGCUCAGCCGCCGCCGCCGCUCCCCCCCCCCGCCGCCCUGGGAAGAUGCCGCUCUUCACCAGCAACCCCUUCGACCAGGAUGUGGGUGAGUCAGGAAGGAGGCCCGGGCAGUCAGCCGCCUCAGUCUGGGCCCGACCCACAGAUUCCCCCCGCCGCCCUCCUGCCCCCUCGCCAGCCCUUCCUUCCCUCCUCCGUCCUGGGUGCGACCCCCUCCUCAUCUCCCCUCGGAGGUCGACCCGCCUCCCACCUGCCUUUCUUCUCCCUGCACGAGGGUCCCGCCUCGCCUUUGUCAAGUUCCCUUUCCCAUAUGUCAGGCAGGGUGGGGCUUAGCUCUUGAAAGGCGCGUCAUGUGUCUUUCCAUCGCCUUUAUUUCCAUCUUUUAAAGCUGUUAGGAGCUAAGAGAGGACAAGGGGUCUCUUCCCCACCCCACCACGCCACACUUCUUUAUUUUCCAGAUUUUUUGUUUUUUUAAUUAAGGUUAAAAUCCGCCCCAGAGCUCAGGAAACGUGUAGGUUGGUUCUCCUUUUAUCGCUGCAGCAAAUCUUAGGAGGUAACUUAAGUUGACAGAGUGUGACUUGCCCAAAGAUAAGUACAGUGGCACCUCGGGUUGCAGACGCUUCAGGUUACAGACGCUUCAGGUUACAGACUCCGCUAACCCAGAAAUAGUACCUCGGGUUAAGAACUUUGCUUCAGGAUGAGAACAGAAAUUGUGCAGCGGCAGUGCAGCGACAGCAGGAGGCCCCAUUAGCUAAAGUGGUGCUUCAGGUUAAGAACAGUUUCUUGUUAAGAACGGACCUCCAGAACGAAUUAAGUUUUUACCCCGAGGUACCACAGUACAUUCACAAGUUAUGCGUUCUUUCUUUAAAUAAGUUGGUUACACUUGGUAGCUCUCAGCCGUUUCUAUCUCCUCUUCUCCCACUAAAGUAAUUCCUCAUUGAGUGCCUAUCCAGUAACUUUUUGUUGUUGUUGGGGCUGCUUCAGAAUUCCUGUAAUAAGAUGGAUGGGGUUUUUAGAUAGGCUGCAUACACAUCAUACAUUUAAAGCCCUGACACCCCUCCUGGGAGAGGGGAGAAUCCUGGGAACUGCAGUUUGCUUCAUGCACAGGUGUGGUUCUCAGCAUCCUCAACAAACUAUGGUUCCCAAGGUCCGCCAAAGGGGAAGCAAUGAGCUUUAACUGUGUGCGGCUUCCAGUUCUAGUGGUUUGCCAGGCGGUAUUUGCUGUUGUAAACUGUUUUGUAGAAGGUCUUGUGGGUUAUAAAAUCCUUACCAUCUGAUUAAAAUUACUUGUCAUGGAUAGGGUUGGCUAUGCACUUGGAAGUUACAGCCAUCUGUGACCUACCAGUGUGUAUAUGUAUAUAUAUGGCCAGCUCCCUUUCCCACAUACACAGGAUCAUUGUAUGUUAUGGUCUGUAUGGUACAUUCAUAAUCUUUCCUACAGUGUCUUCAUUGUAAAGGUAAAGGUAAAGGGACCCCUGACCAUUAGGUCCAGUCGUGCCCGACUCUGGGGUUGCGGCGCUCAUCUCGCUUUAUUGGCCAAGGGAGCCGGCGUUUGUCCGCAGACAGCUUCCGGGUCAUGUGGCCAGCAUGACUAAGCCGCUUCUGGCGAACCAGAGCAGCGCUCGGAAACGCUGUUUACCUUCCCGCAGGAGCGGUACCUAUUUAUCUACUUGCAAUUUGACAUGCUUUCGAACUGCUAGGUUGGCAGGAGCAGGGACCGAACAAGGGGAGCUCACCCCAUCACAGGGAUUCAAACUGCUGACCUUCUGAUCGGCAAGUCCUAGGCUCUGUGGUUUAACCCACAGCGCCACCUCUGUCCCAUGUCUUCAUUGUAGGAAUUGUUUAAAAUGAGCCACACACUCUGAAUUGUCACCCAUUCAUAUUUGGCUUAUCUCUAAAACAUCUUUUCUUUUUGGUAAGAGAAAGGGGAACUAAAGGCCAAAAGGCUUGGGGUAGAUAAGUUCUGUGUAGUAUUGACCCUAACACUAAAGACAUUAAUAUGUUGGAGGCAGCUAUAUAAUAUGUAGAGAGGUAGCAGCUUUUGCAGUCGUAGUUUGAUGACAACAGAGCUUUAGCAAGAUUGUUGUCAGUUGUAAGUUGGAAUUCAUUCAGCUCAUGACUGGCUGACUUCAGUAUUUAUGUAGAGUCAUCACUGAUUCAUAAAAACAUGUGGAUAUUUGUCACAAGGCCACACCUGUUAAUGUGGGAUAGUCUGAGGGUAGCUGAAACAAAGUAUGAAUGCAAAAUGCAGCUUUUGUAUUAUGUCUUUAGAUGCAGAAAUCCAAGGAAAACGGUUGUUUCUGAAGAGACUGAGCAUAGAAUGUCCAGCAAAUAAGAACUUCCUUGUUCUGUCACACCAAAGAGGGGCCGCUGGAUAGCUGAGCACACAGUCUUAUUCAGAUGUUAUUUUUGUAUCAAGAUUUCCCUGGGGAAAGAUUGGGAACAGACAAGUUCAUAUAGUAACUUUCCUGCCUGUCCUGCACUUUCCUCCCACAGGGGAAGAUUAAUGUGCCAGCAUCAGGGGAGCUCCUGUGUUAAAAGAACUGGAAUUUUAAGGUUCAAAUGUUUGUUUCUCCCACAGUACAGAGAAGCAGGGAGAGGGAGUGAAUAUGUUUACACAGGCCUUGAGACCUUCCAGUUUCACAAUAUGUGUCAAAGGGAUGUCCAGAUAGGCCCAGGAAGUGGUCAACCAGAUGCUGCUGUGAACCUCAGAAAUGAGGUGUGAUGGAUGUAAUGGCUGAUUCAUCAUGGAUUGCAAUGAAGGAUUGUGCACUACCAUAAAAUGCAUUGGAUUUGUUUAGUAUAUCUGGAGUAGCUCACUAAUGAAGUUGUCCAGCACUCUAGUAAUGUUUGAAUUGAAGGUAGAAGAAACUGAUGACAUGUAAAAACAUAAUGUUUGUUUUUAUCAGAGCUUACACGGUGCUUCAUUGAAUUCCUUCUCUCCCUCUGUCCCACACUGUGUAGUGCUGUAUGGAUGAACUUCAGUGAGUCCAAGCAAAGCAUUGGCCCUACAAGGUUUCAUCCAUCUCACUUUUCAGAGAUUUGUUUCCCUUUCAGAUAAUUUUUGCUUGUUCUGUUACACAUGCUAAAAAACACAGUUUAUGAUAAACUCUAGUAAGUUUCUAAAACAAGCCUGCUUCAAACCAUUGGUUGCAAAGGUGACUUACGUAAUUAACCUGUCAGCAUUCAUUGUUCAAACAACGUGAGAAGCCAACAUUCUUUGAAAAGGAUACAGUGGUGCCCCACAAGACGAAUGCCUCGCAAGACGGAAAACCCGCUAGACGAAAGGGUUUUCCGUUUUUGAGUUGCUUCGCAGGACGAAUUUCCCUAUGGGCUUGCUUCGCAAGACGAAAAUGUCUUGCGAGUCUUGAGAUUUUUUUUCCGCCCCCCCCCUUUUCUAAGCCGCUAAGCCUUUAAUAGCCUUUUAGCAGCUAAUCCGUUAAGCCGAUAAGCCUUUAAUAGCCGCUAAACCGCUAAUAGCGCUAAUCCGCUAAUCCGCUAAUAGGGUUGCUUCGCAAGACGAAAAAACCGCUAGACGAAGACACUCGCUGAACAGAUUAAUUUCGUCUUGCGAGGCACCACUGUACUUCAUUUCCACCAUAGUUUUUAACAUUACUUUGCAAGCACAGUCACUGAACUAAAAAAGCUAACUACAGCACAGUCAAAACUUGGGUUGCAACUGAAUACACACAAAUUUGUGUGUGUUCUAGUAAACAUGGUGGGCCUUACUUUUGAGUAAACAUUCAUAGUAAAAGGCUGCAUCUUGCAUUAAUAGUAAGUAUUUAAUUUUGUUUGGGAAGCAACACUGCAGAUUGUAUUCCUGAGAAUGAAUUCCAUGGAGGAGCUAGAAGAGAAGUCAUGUAGCUUCAAUAUGACUAUCUUUUUCUUCAACUGAAACAGCAUUGUGGUGGUGGCCGUGCGGUAGCCAUUGCUUUCUUACCAGAGAAAGUUGCUGUUUGCGAACUGGGCUAAACCAGGAAAUCUGAUCAGUGGAAAAAAAUACAGUUGUUUAGGUUAGAAGAGGGUAGAAAGUAGAUCAGGAUUUGCAAGAUUGGCAAGGAUUCCUUACUUGGUUGUUAAUUGCAAGAACAAAAUGUCUUUUCCACCUAUAUUAGGCUGCUUUAAUAAAGAAAGUUGACUGGGAUUGGGGUUUCAUAUGAAAGGACUGGGAGUUCAGUUCUGGUAGUGAAAAUAAAGUUCAAAGCCCAAAAGGUAUUCAGAAAUGCACCUUGUUAUUUAAUUAUCACUGUAUAUAUUUUGCAUGUGGCACUGGUAGAUCCUUGUGUGGAAGUAAAACAAACAAAGUAGGUCCAACAGGCCUGAAGUCUUCCCACCUCUAGUUUAGAUCACAAGCCUGUGGGCAGAGUUUGAUCCUUUUUAAUGUAAUUAUUUUAAUUAAAUAAAAUAAAACCACAAAUUAAUUUAGUGCUGCUUUGAAUAAUGUGUUGGUGUUACCAUAGUAUACAGCAUUUAUUAUUUUUUAAAUUACUAAUACCAGGGAUUAUAGAAAUGAUGCAAUAUUACAUAUUUUUAGUUAUACCACCAUUGGGCUUCUGGUCUUUUUUGGUGUUCACGCACUUCAGGCCUGUGAUGGCAGUCAAAUGCUAUUAAACCCACAAGGCUCACAUGCCUUAUUCCUGGGUCCUUGAAUGCUAUCUUACAUUUUAAAAAAAAUGUAUAGGUUUUAACUUGCAGUUAGAAUACUUAAGGUGGCUUUUUAUUGCAAGGAUUAAUUUUGUUACAGGUUUGUUUAUUGUGGACAGCUGGUGCUUGACCUAAUUACUGUUGGAUAUGUAUUAGUGUUGGUAGACAGGACAGUGCUUUGUUCUUCCUCUCCUACUAGAGGAGUGAGCCAGUCUGGUCUGAUAGCAGUAUUAGCAUCUUGCAGGUUUACUAUAGUCUGGAAACUUUCAAAGGCAGAAAUGCUGUUUUCUGUCAUUAGUCCUGGUUGAGGGAGGUAAGCAUUUUUGUUUAGUGAGUAUUUACUUUAACUUAAAUGGCGAUAAUGUCUGUCUUUGGGCAAGCCAUGAUGAUAUUUAGAUGCAAAAGCUGUAUUGGAUAUUAAAGUUAUCGAAGACCCUAGCACAUAGUACAAAAUGGUUUAGUUUAAUAAAUCAUGUACUAAUAUUUAUUUAAAAUAUUUUUAACUUUGUUGUGUGUGAAAUAUUAUAUUGAAAGAUUAAGCAAAAGAAUGAUAAGCUUGUGAAAGAUACAUGAGAAUGAAAGCAUGUGCCCAACUGCCAUAGUGCUGAAUUGCUGGUUUCCUGGCAGAGCAGGAUGUGCAGAACGGUCUCAGCUGCCUCAGCAGACUUGCAAGGGAAGGAACAGUAAUGAUAAGAAAGCAGUCUAAUUCAACCCAGCCCCUGCCAAGACCCCACAUGUCUCUUGUGCCUAUAAUACUGUUCAGUCUGCUCUAUAUCUUGGAAAUAAGGCAGGCUACAAACUGAAAUACAUUCUUCAGAUUAUCAGUCUUGGAAGUUCUAACAAGUCAUAAGACAGCUUUCUGACUUGUCUUCUUCCCAUAUUUUUUUGGGUGGGGUGGAUGGGGGUGUAGUUUAAUUUUUAGUAGAGAUGUAGCUUCAUCUGGCUGUGUGCUAGUAGGAGGGAAUUGGUUUGGGAAGGAAAAUAUUAUGUGUGUUCAUAGCUGUCAACCAGAGGUUUCUUGAAGAACCAGAGCCAUAUAAGACUGUGUCCAAGAUUGUUUGGAAAGCAUUCUAGCCAGCUGACAUUACAAAAAAAUAAAUCUGUCAAUGAAUUCAUAAAAAUAGUCUUGCUCAUUGCAGAAGCAGCACUAACAUUAUACUGAUGCCAGAUCUUUGAUUUCUUUGUAGAAAGACAUGAAAAUUUGAGUUUAUUAUGCAAAUCAAACCUUUACAUUAGCUAUUAUCACCUUAAUUCUGUUUUUAAUGCAUAUUUAGGAUUGUAUAUUGGGUAUAUAACAAACUUAGGUUUUACAACUUUAAUGCUACUCCAGGACAUACAGCAAAUGGUUUAUUUUUGGUAGUUUCAUUCCACUUGUAGCUAUGUGGGAUGCCAUAGCAUAUGUAUUCAUUAUGUACAGCCAAGUGUUGUGACUUGGAGGAAAACUGUUUUCUUUUCCCCCCUAGAACUGUAUGUAUUUAGAGGCUGAAUUAGCAAACUGGCCAGCUAACGAUAGCACGGGAUUAUCCAAUCAGUUAUAAAAUGUUGAAACAGUUGGGAGUAGUGAUAUUACUGAAUUUCAGAAACAGGAAUGAAACCGUGAACUGAAGGUUUUGCUCAUUGCUACUGCCUCUGGGACCAAUUCCAUUCCUCCAUUGCAGCACUGAUAUGAAAGAUGAUAGAUUUGUCAUUCCCCUUUCUCCAAACAUAUCCUUAGGAAGGAGAACAACAGUAUGGAGGACUCCUGGAAGUAGAGAGUUUCAAGCCUUGCCUGAGGCCUCCAAUGCUAAGAGCUGCUUCCCAUUACUGUCCCUGCUUGUAAGGCAGCGAUGGAGACCCUGUGGUCCACCAGAUGUUGAGUAACUCUUAAUUCUCAUAAGCCGGAGCCAGAAAUGGUGGGAGUCCCAACAUCUGGAGGGCCACAGGUUCUUCAACUCUGUUGUAAAGGUUAGAUCUGGAAAGAAGGAAGGGCUGGUAGCAGCAGAGGUAUUACACAGUGGGUGGUGAGGUGGUAAAGCCCAAUCUGAAUUGGCCUGUUCUAACUUGUUUCAGAUCUUCCUAGCCCCACCUUUGGGUCUGACUAUAAGUCAGAGGAAUGGUGUUUUUGAGCUACAUUUCAAGGCAAAGUUCAAGCAAGUACAUGAUAGUGUAGAUGAUUAUUAUUGGCUUGCAGGAUCUACUGGCGCGGCUGCAGCAGAAAUGUGUUGACUUGACAAACCAAUGUGCUAAUGUCUUGAGUAAUGAGAUGCCGCUAUUGAACAUGUUCACACCCUCAGAACUACAAGUGUGCUAUGUUUUCUUCAGAGUUCAUAUAUUGUUUUCUUUCAACUGAAUUUCAUACAAUGCUGCAUUAGGGCUGCAUCUAGGAAUGUGUCAACAUAAUUCAGAGUAGGAUGACCAUAUCAGUUUUGAUGCAUUUCUAUUUAGAGUUGAUACUGAAGUUUCACUUACUUGGUAAAGUUCACUCCAGGCAUUUUUGUUUCACUUAGAAAAAGCAACUAGUGAAAUGAAUACUGCUGAAGACUGGGGGCUCAUCUUAGAUAUUUGUGAUAAAGUUGGACAGUCACGAACUGGGUAAGUAUACACUUCUUGUUUGAAACACUUUGUCAUUUUAUUUGGAAGAAGCAUAAAUAAAACUAGAUAAGAUCAAACUGCAUGACACCUGCUGGGAAAACUAGAAAACCAAAUGUGUUAAUGCCAAGUUAUGUACACUGCAUUCAUAGCCCUAGUAUUUUUGAAAGGCACUGGAAAUUUGGAGAGUGCUUUCAGCAGAAUUGUUUAUGUGACUAAUGCAAAGUAUUUUCUAAAAAAUUUCAUUAGAGACUUUAUGUUGUGUUUUGCUGUAUUUGUGCAAUGCACUGUUGUAAUCAGUUUGAUAUUGAAAUCUUGUUUCAUCACCUUUUUUUGGCAGAAAUUAAGUUCCCUCUUCUUGAAUCUUCUUUCUGAAAUGAUCAAGCAGUCUACCAUCUAAUUUUUCCUCUGAGUUAUCUAAAUACUGUCACCUGUUGAAUAAAGUGUUUCUUUUAAAAAUAAUUUCUCAUACCAUUUAAAAGCACUUCAGAAAGAGAGCUUAGAGCACACACCUCAUCUUAGCAGAACCAUUUGGUUGAUUGAUGUAAUUUAUCAACUCAUUUUCCUCUCCCCUGUACCAAUGUGUCAUAGUAUCGGCAUGUGUAAGAGUGUAGUGCGCUUUACAACUUAGUUCUGAAACCUUUUUGCAGUUCUAUAUUGUAGGAAUUUUUAAACAAAAUGUUUGGGAUGUAACUCAAACCCAUCAUUACUGACAUGAUUAAAUUGCCCUAAAUUAAUUAAUUCUAAGUCUAGUGUCUGCAUUAUUCAAAGAAACAAAUGCUGAAAAUGAAGAUUGAUUUGCCUAAUUCCAUCCUUAAAAUGCUGUGCUACUGUCUCCCUAUAUGGAGUUUUAGUGAGAAUAUUACUUAUGAUCUGUCUAAUUUCCCUUCAGCCAAUAAUUAUCAACUUUUUCUUAUCUGCAAGUGUUCUGUGGACUUAGUUCUACUUAGUGCACUUAAACCUGAACAAUUUGAAUCAAUCUGGGAAUUGGGGGAGAAGGAUGGGUGUUGAUAUGAGAAUUAUCCUUUAGUUUACAGAUUGGACAGAUGGCAAACAGAUCCCUUCAAAUCUUGUCACUCCAUGAAUCAACUUUGCCUUACAGCAUGAAAGUUUAUUUCAUUUAAUAUAUUGUUAGUUUGCCUUUUAGGGUCAAACCUAAGGCAGCUUCAAACAUAUAAAUACAGCCAUCUUAGACUCCGGUUGAUAAUUUGAUAAACUCUUAAAAUAUAAGGCUUUGAAUGUCGUAUUAUUUUUAUAACUGAAGACUCAACAGGUUUGCUGACUGCAAGAAAAUGAAAUAUGUGCUGCUUAUGGAAUAGAGCAUAUAUUUUAAUUAAAGUAUCACCAUAAAUGCUAGUUUUUAGUGCUACCUUAACAGAUUGUGAUUAUAAUCUGCUGGUCUAAGGCCCUAAUAAACUGAUUGAUUGUGGUUAUAUUGAUAUUUUAAGUUUUGUUGAAGUUUUCCCUAUUUAUUUGCAUAUGAGUUCAUAAAUGCAAUUUAUUCAUUUUCCUCCUAAUUAUUUUGAUAGAAAACUUGACAGCAGCUGCUUCUUGGAAUAAGACAAGUUCAUACUUUUGUACAGAGUGAAGUGACCAUGCUAUGUCACAGCAUUUUCUAUAAUUAGUAGUGUUAAGUAUGAAGCAGUGGUUUGUAAAACAGACACCACCAAAUAUAGAUUACUCAAAGCUGCAGUGUAACUUAAACUACAGCUUCCUUUAUGUGGCUGGGUAUCAGUGCUUUAUGUUAAAAUGAAAUCAUGAGUACACCCCCCAAAAAAGUUAAACAUUUUUUUAAAAAGUAAUCUCUUAAAUAUUAGCUGCUAUUUGUCACAUUAGUCAAUAUUGGAGACUUUUGAAAAAGUAGAUUCUAUUAUGUAGUGAAGAUGGGCCACAUUUACUUUCCUGUUUCUCGCUAAAACAUGGCAUGUAUAAUUGCAACUCCAUACUUCAAGAAAUACAGUAUCUAUUUCCUUCAUAUACAAAAUAUCUCUUGGUAGCCGUUAGUUACACUCUGACUGACAGUAAUGCAAUCUGUUAGCUUCUGGUCUUCUACAGUGACCUGUGUCUUCUCAUACUUUAUCAGAUGCUGAAACCUCUGUAAAUCGGCUGCUGUCUGGGAUGGCUAGAACAUUGGCAUUUGUACCUAACCUCUGAAUCUUAAGUUUAUCCAUCCUUCUGUUUGAGUUGUUUGUCAUUCAAGCCCUUUGUUGUAGAAGUUGGGCCAGUAAACGACUGAUCUCUUGCUACUUUUCAGCUAGGUGGUACACUAUGUGUGCUGAGAAACUCCAGAUUCUAGCAAAUCUUCCCAAGUUCUACAGGGAGCAAACUUUGAUACAGAAUUGAACUGUUUAUCUUGCCUAGAGAAAAUUGAAGUAUUUGUUAUGGAAGGUCAUGCUACAAACAUUCCUUGGACUGAGAUGCCAUAGGAGGAUACACAUAGGAUAGAAGUACACCAAUUUUGGCUUUGUGCAUUAAACCAGUCGUUAUUUGUGGUCUCCAGCAACCAAGACUUGCUACUUGCCAUUGCCUUUUUCACUGGAUUAUUCUUGCCUCAGGAAGCGAAAAAAUUUCACGAAGGGAAAUGAGUACUGUAUUUUCUUUGCACAGGUUUUUGUUUUUGUUUUGUUUUUUGAGAAAGCAACAUCAGAACCUUGCAAAAGCCCUUGAGAAGGGAUCAUUGCACUGAGGGUGUGCCACAGGGACUCUUGCCACUGGAAAACAGGCAAAUUAUGUUAUGGAGUGCUUCAGUCAUUUUCAAACACAUUUACCUUAGCUGCUAGCUUGUAAGAGAGGGUUUUGCUACCUCCCAAGUAGCUGAAUCAAAAGCUUGCUCUUACUCUCUUGUUGUGUGUGUCCAUCCCUUUCGUUGUAAUGCAUAUCGUUGUUUAUGCCAGUAUAUUUAAAAAACUGCUUAUCUUAUUUAUCAGGCCUAAGGACUGUCUUCGGUCUAUUAUGAAGAGAGUGAACCACAAGGAUCCCCAUGUUGCUAUGCAAGCGCUGACCGUACGUGGCCUUUGAAAAAAAAUAACUUUGCUUAAUUUUCACGUUCUACUAUAAAAUACUUUAGUUCUAAUCUCUCUCUCUCUCUCUCUCUCUCUAGCUUUUAGGAGCAUGUGUCUCAAACUGCGGUAAAAUAUUUCAUUUAGAAGUAUGUUCAAGAGAUUUUGCUAGUGAAGUAAGCAACGUGCUAAAUAAGGUAUUCUAUUUUGAGUCUUUUAAAUUUGGUCAUGUCAAGUUAAAUGAUUCCUGAAGCGGGGUAAAAUACAUUUGGGCAAUGGAGUCAUAUACAUGUGGAUGAAAUGAGGGAUAGCCUUGUUAGUCUGUUGUUACAAAAACAAGAAGCAUUUUGUGGCCCUUCAGUCCACAAAAGCUUGUGCCAUAAAUUUGUUAAGCCUUUAAGUUACCACAGGGCUCUUGCUUGUGGUUUCCGAGAUAAAGUUGUUAAUCUAUAACACUUCCUCUGCCUCAAGAUAAUCAGAAGAUCCUUCUUUCUUCUGAUUUAACUUCUUGUUGUCAAAUGCUGGCCCAAACUAGUGUUAGGUGGGUUUGGGUGAUCUCCCAGAGACAGAAUCUCAUACUUGUCAGGACAUCUCUCUUUCCUCUUGUCAUCUGAAUACAGUGCUUAGAUGGCUGAGGAUUAAGACUAAGAGGACUCUCAGAUUUUAGGGAAGCAGGCCACACCUAUGGCUUGGGAAAUAUGAGCCAUUUUAGAGCUAGUUUGAUCUGUAAAUAAAUGGGAAGCCUUUUGAACAUCCCGAAAGCUGCUAACUUAAAUAUAUAUCCCAGUAUUGAUUUCACAUGGUGGCUCUAUUUAUAUUUUAAAGGUGCACUUAAUGAUUUGAGGUGGGGGGUAGAUUUUAAACUGGUUUGGGGUUGAUAUGAACAAACAUAGCAAAACAAUUUGUGCUUCUUUUUGAGGGUUAUAGUAAACAGCACUGAAAUCAGUGUGAAAAGUUAGUAAUUAUAAGUUGCAUCAAACUGAUUUAAGUGGGACCCAAGUGCAGUUAACAUGGACUAGACCCAGUUUUGUUGCUAUGACUCUGGAAAUGGUUUUUUGCUAGUUGAUUUUUUGGGGGGAGGGUUCAAAUUUUAUUACAUUAUUUUUAUACUUGUAUUUCAUUUGCCUCAUUCAGUGGACAUAGUCCAGAGUGGCUGCUUACAAAUAAAUGUAUUUGUAAACUAUAUUAGCAUUAUCCUUUUUACAGGGUCAUCCAAAAGUCUGUGAAAAAUUGAAAGCACUCAUGGUGGAAUGGACAGACGAAUUCAAGAAUGACCCCCAGCUUAGUCUGAUAUCUGCAAUGAUAAAGAACCUUAAGGAACAGGGUGUUAUGUUUCCAGUUAUUGGUUCACAGGUAAAGUGCUAAUUUGCAAAAACUGUGGUUAAUGUGAGAUGUAAUACUAAGAAGGCCUACGAAUUAUCAGUCUGCUGUUCUGCUUCCUGAAUAUAGCUGUUGUUGAUUCUUUCCCAUGUCACUGUUCAUAGAAAUGCACACCAAGUCAUUGUUUUCAAUGAAACAUCUCUUUCUCAUUUUAAACCUUUCAUCUUCUGAUGCAGACCCUUACAAUGCCAGAUCAACUUGGUGGCCAUGCAAAAGUUAGAGAAGAAGGUCCAAACACUUUUGUGUGCCAAAAUGGUGUUGCUAGAUUACAGCCUUAAUUUACAUGAGCGAAGAUGAGAGCUUUGAUAUGGCAAAGGCUUUCACUGAAAUAAGUUUGAGCUCAUUAAUUUAAUAUAUGGGUGGCAACAUGAUUCUGAAAGUGCAUAUAGUCUCAAUUUUUGAGUGGUGGAAAUGUCAUCCCUACCCAUCUUUAUGAAGAACAUCCAUGUGGCUUCCAAGUUCAUAUCCUUUGCAAUGGUUUAAAUUGUUAUCUGAAAAUGGCUCAAGCCUACAUCUUGGAAGGCAAUAAGUGCAAAUGAUGCAUGCUACCAGUCCAUGUUUUCUUGCUUAUUUUCAUGGCAAGGGGACGUGUGUGUAAAGCAGUGGUAGGCAACUUGUAGUCACAAUGUUGUCGGCCUGCAAUUCUCAUCAACCCCAUUCAGAAUAGUCAAUGGUAGGGGAGUUGUAGUCUGGCAGUAUCUGGGGGACUACAGCUUCUUAAAAUAAGUAAGUAAAUAAGUUUGCUUGCUUGCUUGCCAAAUAAUUAAAUUCAGCCAAGGGCAGUUCACAAUAUAAAAACAAAGAAAUAGAUAACAGACAAAACAGGACCCCCCGCCCUAAGUUUAAAAGGCCAUAGAUUGUUUAAUUAGCCACAGGCCUGGGAGAAGAGGAAUAUGGAAGAAGAAGAAGAAGAAGAAGAAGAAGAAGAAGAAGAAGAAGAAGAAGAAUACCCUGUCCACUCUGGGUGAAGAAGAAGAAGAAGAAGAAGAAGAAGAAGAAGAAGAAGAAGAAGAAGAAUACCCUGUCCACUCUGGGUGGCUUCCAGCAGAAUAUAAAAACAUAAUAAAAUAUCAAACAUUGAAAACUUCCUGAUGCAGGGCUGCCUUUAUAUGUCUAAAACUUGUGUAGUAAGCUUCUCCGUGAUUGCCCUCCUCCACUUCUUCACUGAUCAGAGAGUACAGCAACUGGGAGCAAUGUGUCCAAGGAGAGAGGAGAAAGGGUCACAGAAAAGGCUGUUGAACCAGAUGGGGAACCCACAAGCCAGAGGUUCCCCAUUCCCUGUCCUAAUACCACCUUGCUAAUUUAACAGACCAUUCACAAAAUGUUCUAUGACUUGUCAAGAAAAUACUGUAACAGUAAUUUACCCAUGGUUUCUAGUUGCCAAUUCAGAUGUAACAUGAGAUGAGUUACAUGGCUCAUUUUGAGGAAGGUUUUUCAUUUGCGUGCACUGAGGUGACCACUAACCAUUACUGCGAGAUGAACUCUUAAAAGAUCAGGUUCCCCCCACCCCUUCCUCAAAAGAAGCUGAUUUUUUUUUUUUUUUACUAAUAUAUUUCUGAUAUGGCCACAAAUGCUGGAUUUAAUAUAUUGCGUUGAAUUUUCAAAUAACAUCUACCCUCUUUGCUCCUGUAAGGCUGCAGAACAAGCAAAAGCAAGCCCAGCUCUAGUAGCCAAAGAUCCUGGGAUAGUAGCCAACAAGAAGGAGGAAGAGGAUCUAGCUAAAGGUUGGUUAUUGCUUGAUCAGAAUCUUCAGAUGAUCACAGCUCAUGAUUGGGGCUCCAGAGUUCAACCCCUCUCCCCAUGGGCUGGAUCCACAUACUGUGACUAGAACAGUACCAUUCUAAUAGAGACGGAAGAGGGAGGUGAUUGUGGCAUAUUCCCCCUGCCCUUUGCAGCUUCCAUCAUCCCCUCAGUGCUGUUCCAUAGGUUUCCCUCAUGCGAAUAAAUUCAGAGAGAAAUCCUUAUUUGGUUUUGCUUACACUUAAGUUGGAUUUAUUACUUUUUUCCAGCUAUUGAAUUGUCACUUAAGGAACAAAGACAACAACAAACGCCGCUUUCCACUCUUUAUCCAAGCACCUCAAGCCUCUUAACUAAUCACAAGCAUGAGGGCCGAAAGGUUCGGGCUAUUUAUGACUUUGAAGCUGCUGAAGAUAAUGAACUAACAUUUAAAGCUGGAGAACUUAUCACUGUACUUGAUGACAGGUAAAUCUGCUGGAGUCCACAAAUCACAUUUGCACAGUAGAUAUUUGGGGCAGGCAGACUCGUGAAGCUGCAAUUCACAGUUGACACACUUGCAAGCUCCAUUUACUAGCACUUCUAUUUUGUCAACCGUACAGGAUUGUGAUAUAAAUCUUGAAGCCCUUUUUGCAUGCUUACUUCCAAAGAGACCCAGGAGUUUUAUAUCUUAACUUCAUUGGAUUGGGUUGAGAGUAUGUUGUCAUUCCCAUAAAAGUGGAUCCUGUAUUGUCUUUCUUUCCAUCUUCUAAUGAACCAGAAGAAAAAUCAAAGACCCAAAUGGUUGCUAGAAUGAUGAAAGGGCCUCUUGAAAUUUGUCCUUCAGGGUGGAUAGAGAUGGAAUUGGCCUAAUGUUUUUGACCAUUGAACUCUUCCUCUCACAUGCAUAGACGCAUAGACUUGUAGAGUUGGAAGAGACCAUGACGAUCAUCUAGUUCAACCUCCUGCAAUGCAGGAAUCCUUUUGGCCAAUGUGGGGUUCGAACCCACAACCCUGAGAUUAUGAGGCUCAUGUUUUCCAAUCUUUCAUGUCGUAAUUCUUUUAUUUCUAAUCUAUAGUGAUCCAAACUGGUGGAAAGGUGAAACGCAUCAAGGGACAGGAUUAUUUCCUUCUAAUUUUGUAACUGCUGAUCUUACUGCUGAACCAGAAAUGAGUGAGUAAUGUAAUGUUCACAUAGAAAAGUGCAUUGCUUUUAGCACAUUAAAGCUUACUACAUCAAAUGUAAGUCCCUGUUUUACACCCCUCUCUACAUAGAUUAUAUCAUUUUACAAACAGUCUUAAUAGUUAUUUCUUGAAUUGCUAGCUUUAUUAUUUGAUAGGAACUUUUCAUAAUUUUGUCCUCUUAGAAUAAUUUAUAAUUUCAUAAUUUAGCCCUCUCAGAAGGACUAGUUAUGUGAGAGUUCUGAAGCUAACUCAUGUAAUAGAAAGCUUGAUUCCCGCCUCUGCGUAUUUUCAAAUGCAGUUAGGCAAAGAGGAUGCCUUUUGUCUCCAGGAGAAUACCCUGGGUUAUGCUAGAUAUGGCCUAUUCCCUUCACUGAUCCCUUGAUGCAGGAGGAAGUGAAGUAUCAAAGAAAAGUAUUCUGUAAUUUUUUUUAAUGUGGGAAUCUCUGAUGGUGUGUGCCAUCUUGCAAAGUCAGACAGGUUUUGUAAAAGGCUCCUCCUUCCACCAUUCACGUAAUCUUAUUACGUUAGCAUGCUAUCCGCAAGAGCCAGUCCAAAGGCAAGUUAGGGUUGUAUUCUGUGUAAGUUUUACUCUGGGUAGACCCACGGAAAUUAUUACUCGCGACAAACUGAAGGUCAGUAAUUUCAUUGGGUCUACUGUGAGUAGGACUCAGUUGUCUACAACCCUUGGUUUAGAAUACCUAGAUAUCCAAAACAUGAGUCCUUCCUAGUCUGAGUAUAAUAUGAAUAAAACAUGAAUGUCUAAACUUAUGUGUCGAUGACCCAUUUUAUCUUCAAUCUUAUUUCCCCCCAUUGGCUUAACUGGUGUGUGUGUUAGGUGGGUACUUCUACUUUCCUUUGUUUAAUUCUAAAUGUGCGUUGAGGCAGUACUGCAUGUAAUUUCAGUAUUGUACAUCUAUACAUGAAAUACGUUUUUGAAAACAAUCCCCUCAUUCUUUCCCCCCCUUUUUUUCCAUUUGGAAGAUUCCAGUUAUUGAAAACUUCAAUAUUAGCAUAACGGUGAAGAGACUUGAAUUACAACUCACUGGCCUGAAUCUUAAAUCUGCCAUGCCCUAGUUGGUUAACCCAGCACACUCCCUCUGAGCCUGUCUCCCCAUCUGCAAUGCAGGAGAUAGCGAUAUCGAUUUAAACUUACAAGACUGUUAUAACAAUUAUAAGAAUGCCUGUGAAGUGCUACGAAUACUUGAAAGUACCUUGCAAAUGUUAAGAUGGUGAUGAUAAUUUGUUAAAAAACACAGAAACAUAUAAACAAAUAUCUAUAGACUAAAAUCCGGAUCCUGAGUGACUGCUGCACUCAUGCACAGAGGUCCCACUUAUUAUACUCCCAAAGUCACACCCACCCAAGGUUUGAGGUCCUUUCAGAGUGGCACCAUAAGAGGUGACUCAGAAAUAAAUGUUGUUUUUGCCACCAUGUGUGAACAGUGUUUUACACUUGCUGGUGAUGAUGCAGGAUCUUGUCCACAGAAUCAUAUUGGGACCAAAUACCUUUAUGUCAUGAGCUAUAAACAAAAUAGUUUAUAAACUUUAAGCAAAAUAUAAACUGUAAACAAAACAGGGACGCGGGUGGUGCUGUGGGUUAAACCACAGAGCCUAGGACUUGCCGAUCAGAAGGUUGGCGGUUCGAAUCCCCAAGACAGGGUGAGUUCCCAUUGCUCGGUCCCACCUCCUGCCCACCUAGCAGUUCGAAAGCACGUCAAAGUGCAAGUAGAUAAAUAGGUACCGGUCCAGCGGGAAGGUAAACAGCGUUUCCGUGCGCUGCUCUGGUUCGCCAGAAGCGGCUUAGUCAUGCUGGCCACAUGACCCAGAAGCUGUAUGCCGGCUCCCUCGGCCAAUAAAGCGAGAUGAGCACCACAACCCCAGAGCUGGCCACGACUGGACCUAAUGGUCAGGGGUCCCUUUACCCUUUACCCUAUAAACAAAAUGCCUCGAUUACAUUUUUUUUCUCAGUCUAAAACUUUGUGUUUCUGUUCAGUAUUCUGUCAACUUAUAUUUUCGCAGUGAAAACCGAGAAGAAAACCGUGCAAUUUAGUGAUGAAGUUCAAGUUGAAACAAUUGAACCGGAGCCUGAACCAGUUUAUAUUGAUGAAGUAAGUACAAAAAUGUAGACCAACAAGGGGUAUAUGAUAAUAUUUAUAAAACUUUUCAGUUUGAGACUUGGAAGCACUUUUUUCAACUUACACAAAUACUAAUGCUUUCCUUCAUUUUUAAAAUGUGAUUAGAUUUUUAUAAUAACUUCAAAUAUUUUUAUUUUGAAGCAGAAUAUAAUGGCUUUCUUGUGUCUCCCCAUCUUUGUGCUUCACUUUCUGUCUUAAUUUAAAGAAGUAGUCCACACUACUGUCUGGACUUCCUUAAACUGUCUUGUUCUGACUUCUCCUAUAUUCAGUAACCAGUUCUCCUGAAUUGUGUUCAGCAUUAGUCAUACUUGCAGUGGACCCAUUGAAAUGGAUGUCAUGGCUAACAUUUCCAUGGGUGCAUUCUGAGUAGAACUUAGUUGGACACAGACACACCCUUUAUUAGAAAUACUAAACACACUUACUUCUGAACAAUUCCCAUUGAAUGGCAAGACUUAUUUCAGGUAAACCUUUGUAGUGUUGCACAGGUGAAGUACAAAAAAGGGAAGAUUAUAAAUCUUAAAAGUCCAGUGUGUUACUUUUCUGCAUAAAGAUUUUUGAAAAAAGAAAGGAAAACACCUAUAUCUUGAACUCUGUUGAAACAUUUCUUAGCAGAGACCACCAAAUAUUACAUGCUGAAUACCUGAUACUGGUUUUUAUCACGGUGUUCCGUUGUGCCAGAAGCGGUUUAGUCAUGCUGACCACAGGACACAGAAAGCUGUCUAUGGACAAACGCCGGUUCCUUCGGCCUGAAAGCAAGAUGAGCGCCACAACCCCAUAGUCGCCUUUGACUGGACUUAACCAUCCAGGGGUCCUUUACCUUUACCUUUUUUUUUUUACAGUGUUUCUGUAUUUGUUUUAUUAAAUGAGGCCCAGCUUACUCUCACAGUGUAUUCAUAGCAAAUUCUUGUCUUUUGUGAAGUGUUUGCCUUCUGGAUUAUGAGCUUGAAUGGCUGUGUUCUGUGUUGUGUAGUUUCUAUUUUUAUUUUCUUAUUUUUAUAUCCUGCCUCUCUUUUGUCAUGGAAGCCAAGUUGGUUCCCAGAUUUGGUCACCCAUCUAGGCAUUGGCCAGACCCAGAUCUGCUUAGUUUCAGCAAGGUAGUGGCCUCAUGUGUCUUCAGAUCAUAUCCUGGGAUAUUUCUGCCAGAAAAAAAAUCCUUGUCACAUUCAUAAAUAUUUGCAGAUGCACCACUAGGUGGCAGUGUUGCUAGUAUAAGUAACAUUAACUACUGGCAUUCUACUUCAGAAAUUCUUACAGAGUGACAGUUGAAAACAGCUUGUGUUUGAAGGAUAUAGACACUGUGAACUAAUUCCACAGUGUGUUGUGGAUGUGGGUGUAUUAUUAUUUACUUGUGUAUCAAAAGACUUGCAUAUAAAAAGUUGCUAAGAACCAUGUUGGUAGAUGUGCAGUUUCCAGAGACUGUUAUUUCUAUUGUAUUCCAGUUAACUAAUCAAUUUAAAAUAUUUAGAAAAGUCUCCAAUUAAUUGACUCAUUUAUUUAUUAUUGUACAAACUUACAAAAACCGUGGAUGAGAGGCAGCAUCUUCGAAGAGGGAAUGCUGCUUGCAGCACUUUUAAAAUAAAGUGUUUUUCCUCCUUCAGAACUAAAAUGCUGUGCAGUUUAGUGAAUUAAGUAAUUGAGGUCCGUAUAAUUUUAGAUUAUUUGUUUGGGUGACUCCAGUACAGUAUAUGCAUUAUAAAAAUUUUAGUUGAAAACUUCCACCAGGCUGUUCAUAGAAGGGACAUCCUUAUUGUUAAGAGGAAAAUAUGCCUAUUGUCAAACCUGCUUGUAGAAUGUAUUGUCAGUGCUGGCACUUUUUCUCUCAUAGAACGACAGAACAUUAACAGCUAAUAAACGGUUCAUGUAAUGUUUUUAUUAGAAGUAUUGUAACACUUCAGCUGUGCCCGUAGAAAAAAUGCAAAUAGUUUCUCAUGCUGAAGUGGACCCUGGACUUAAUAUUUCCGAUUCAGCAGCCACCCACAUGCUACAUGCCAGAAAACUUUUAGAAUGAAAAGUUUCUGAUCUUUUGAAAGCACUUUCUGAUAUGUCAUGGAGGUCUGCUGUUGGAAAAAUUUUUUUUAAUGCUGUUGGCUGUGCUGAAGUCAUUGCGUGUGCUCAAGUUGCUGGGAGUGCCUACAGUAAUUCUUUGAAACAUAAAUUAUGGACUGCUCAUAGAUCUGAACCCAAAUAAAUAAUGUGUGUGUCCUAUUCUAGGAUAAAAUGGACCAACUGUUGCAGAUGCUGCAAAGUGCAGAUCCAGGUGAUGAUCAGCCAGACCUCCCAGAGCUGAUCCACCUUGAAAGUAAGCUUUCUUUCCCUCUGUUCUGUCCUCAUAGUCACAAACAAGUUCCCACCUAAGGACUACAGGAUGCUAACUUCAUCAUUUCUCUAAAAUCUUUACUUGAUUAUCUCAAGUCAUCUUGUUUGUUUUGUGGAAAGUUUUCUCUUUUAGUAUAACUUUUUCUUAGCUAGCUUGAUGUUCAUUAUUAAAAAAAUUAUUGAGAUUUAUAGUUUUUCUGUUUACAUUGUGUUUCUAGCAAUGUGCCAUCAAAUGGGACCUCUCAUUGAUGAAAAGCUAGAAGACAUUGACAGGUAAGAACAGAUAUCAAGAGAGAAACACCUGAUAUUGCAAAGCAGCAAUUGUUUUGUUUUAACCACUUAUGUGUCUUACUUCUGAACUUCGUAAGCUACUCUUGAAUCCUUUUUGGAUUAACAAUGGGAUAAAAAACCCCUUAAAUUAAAUAAAUAACUUUAAAAUGAAAUGGGUUUAUCUUUAGAGAUAGGGUAGCUAUUUCAAAACAGAAGGUCUUGUGCAUUUUCAGUAAUGACAGCUAAUGCAGCUUUUUAAAGUUAUGGACCAGACGAUUUGACUAGUAUUUGUACAUAGACAACUUUCUUUAUAUCCUGUACUAAUUCUUCAUGGUAAGGAUCACAAUUCCCUGUCUCCAACCCCCCCCCCCCACAAAAUAAAAAAAUUGUGGUCAUUUUCUCAUAGUAGGAGGUAUGGAUGGCUUCCCUGGCAGCUUAUCUGUUAGUUAUCUUUGAGUGUCUGUGUACUACUUUAGGGCAGGCAUUCAAUUCUCAGUCUUACUUCCUUUCAUGAAAUCUCCAUACCUUGUUCCCUUGCAUAAAUUGAAACAUCCGCUGUCUCUGUGUAGCACUUCGGUUCUUUAGGAGGUUGGAGGAAGAGGAUGGAAGUUGCCUUAGUUGCUGCUGUCAAAAAGCAUGAGAGCGCUCUUCCUCUUUUAAAGACUCUGACUGCAACUUUACCCUUCCUCCAUUUGCAGUAAAAUGAUGCCUCCUUCCGUGGAUAAGUCAAGGUUGGGGAGCCUGUGGCCAUCCCAAUGUUGGGCUACAGUUCCCAUCAUCCCUGAUCAUUGGCUAGACUGGGAGUUGUAUUCCAAAAGGAUCUGGAGGUCCAGCCACCCUAUGAUAAACUAUAAAGCUAGUAUCUGUUUUGUGUAAAAUAAUGUUCAUUGAUAUUGAAAUGUUUCAUUCAGGAAACAUUCUGAGCUGUCAGAGCUCAAUGUGAAAGUGAUGGAGGCACUCUCAUUAUAUACCAAGUUGAUGAAUGAGGAUCCAAUGUAUUCAAUGUACUCAAAACUACAAAACCAACAAUAUUAUAUGGCUCAGUCUGGUGUUUCUGGCUCUCAGGUAUGUAUUUGUUUAGGGAAGCUUUUAAUCUGUGAUAUUUUACUGUAUUUUUUGUUUCUAUGGAAGCCGCCCAGAGUGGCUGGGGAAACCCAGCCAGAUGGGCGGGGUACAAAUAAUAAAUUAUUAUAUUAUUAUUAUUUGGAGGCUGUAAAGAUCUGAGGUAGAUAAUUGUGUUGUGGCAUUGAUCCAAGAAACUGGUGGAUAAUGCAUAAUUCAAGUGAUAAAGCCAGUUACGUACUGUUGAACCCUUCAACAUUAACAUUUAUAAAUUAAUAACUUGUGAGGCCUAUAACUUGUGAGGGCUCCUGCACCCAAAUAUAAUGAGGUUAUAUUAUUUAACAGAUUUCACAAAACAUCAUUUACUAUGCCUCUCAAUUCAUUGUAUAUGAUCAAGAGACACAAGAAACUGCAACUUCCAUGCAUUCUGGGAGGAACUGAUCCAGGCUUCUGGAGUUUGUAGGGGUGGGGUUAAGCCCAGUGGUGUGGGGGUGCUCACAAUUGGGGGCGGGAUAGAGUCAUUAGUUAGCACUGUUUACAUAAACUAGCUUUUAAAGCGGUGACUAUUAAGAUGGUUUCGAAUCCUGUUUUUAUGGCUUUAAGUAGAACAAAAUAAUAAGCGUCACUUGACAUUAGCCUAUUCCUGUGUUUAUCUCUUCCCAAUAUGUGUGUUUAGGUUUAUCCAGGACAACCUCAAAGCAAUGCAUAUUUGGUGGCAGGAAAUGCACAGAUGGGUCAUGUUCAAGCCUACAGUCUUCCAUCAGAGCAGCUACCACCUCUGAAUCAAGGCACAAUUACUCCAGCAGCAAGCUCUGGAUUACCUAGUCAGCCAGUUCAGACAUCUUACACAAAGUAAUUGUGAAACUUCAAAUAUCCAAAACUUGCAUGUAAUGUUAGCUAGAAAUGCUUAAGGGAAAUAAUAAUUGACAGCUUGAUCACUAAAGCUAUCUUUGUGACACCUGCAGUAUGUUUGGAUUGGACAUUCUGUAUCAGGUUACAGAAACCUCUGCUUUCCUUAGGUUUCAAAACAGGCUCAAGGCAUGCAGUGGGGUGGGGAUACCUGUUUUUUAAGAUGAAGGAUCCAAUUUUCAUUUUUUUGUUUCGUACCUCUUUUCAGUCUACUUACUCUUUUCCCCCCCUCUCACCCUUACCUCUAGCACAAUGGUUGGUUCUGUUCCAGGAAGCACGUAUUCUAGCCAAGCUUCAGUCUACAGCCCACCCCCAACUGCUGCUACUGCUGAUGUUGCUGCUUACCAGAAUUCUGGAACUAUAUCUCAGGUGCCAAACUAUAACUUAGUCGCCUCAUCCCUGCCGCAGCCACCAGGCAGCCAACCACCACCACCACAGCAACAACCUCCAUCAUCACAACAAAACACUUAUUCCCAGAAGGCACUACUAUAGGAUAGAAGACUUCUGAUUCCUAAUCUACUCUAACCUCUGCUGACGGCAGUUUACAAUGUUAUGAGUUUAUUCCUUUAAUAUCUUAAACGUGGGUUAUCCUCGGCUUAAUAGGAAUCUUUCUUGGUGAACAAGUAUAAUGAUUCUAUUUGCACUGACUUUUUAGGAUUAUUAUUUUUUUAAUUUGCAAAGGAAUUAAAAUACUUAGGACAUUUAAUUCCUUUAAAAAUGCCUAAAAUUGGUACAAGGUUAUUUAUGUCUGCUGAAACUGGCUAGUUUGUGACGAGUCAACUUGGCAAACUGUUGUGGCAUAUAUGUUUAUGUACAUAUAGUGUGUUUGUGUUAGUGGCCGUUUUGAAUUACUAUGGUGAUCAUGUGAAUAUAUAACACAGUGUUAAAAUAAUUUACUGUUUUAUUAAUCAUGAACAGAUGGAACAUGUUCAUGGAUUUUAUAAGGAUGUUUGUUCAAAGUGUAGGAGAAGGCUCUAACCUGCAUAUCACAAAUACUUACUGGCUAUGGAUAUGCUCUUGAAACUGAAUUGCCUAGUUUUUUCAUUAAUUGUACAUUGAAUGUGAGUGUGUCCUUCCUUCUUGUAGCCUUUGGGUGCUACUAGAUGACACUAUCUACCAAAGUAAGGGGUCUAGAACUUCAGACACUCUGCAUUCAGAAAGAUUCUGCUUUUAUGAAUAAUGGUUUCAAAAUAAUAACUUGCAAGCUGCUAAACAUAUGGGACCAUGAAACACGUCUGAACCAUUUUAUCUUUUAUUGUUUAAAUUAUGUAACUUACAUUUUCAUGCUAGUUUUGUGUCACCUGAAUGCUGAAUAGUUAUAUUCUGUGUACGUUGGUGGAGAUCACACCAAAGACAGAGAGGGGGCACUUUGGAUGUGAGUGAGUGGCAUUUUUAAACUGGAACAAGAAGAAACACUACAUUUAUUAAAGUCUUGUUAAGGACUGCCAUAAUUGUCAGAUUGCUUCGUUAUGUGUAUGGUGUUAAAAUAUUGGUAGCCUUUUUAUCCUUCAUAGUCUCUGUGUAGUGCCAGAGUAUGUCUACUGCACCUAAUGCAGAUCAUCUCCCAACUACAUCCAGAAGUUCUAGCCAUGGAAAUGGUGUUUAUGCCCUCUGUUUUCAUGGGGAGACUUCUGAUUAACUGUUCGUGCCUUGAGCGGUGGAGCAAGCUUAGUUCUCUCUUCGCAGCAGCUUGGGGAACAUUUUCUGUAGACUUCAUCAGCGAACUUUAGCAUUUAUCUGAACAUAGAAUAGUGGGUACCUCUUUCUCUCUCUGUUUUGUUUUGUUUUUAAUUCCACUUAUUUCUUUCUACCUGCAGGUAUUGCUAUUUCCCUGCAGGUAUUUAUCUCUGUCUUUCGCUGCACACUUAGGGCAUAGCUUUUUAGAAGUAGUGCCUGGUAUGCAUUUAAGAAUUUCCCACCUUGCAGGACACAAUAUUGGGCAUUAUGAGAUCAGAUCAAACAAUGGAUCUUCGAUCUGUGAGUACAGAGGAGAUAAUCUGCCCACUAUUGGCUCAUUUGGUGCCUGCUGUGGUACCCACCACAUCUGUUUCUGCUAUCCCUUUUGCUGUUGUAUCUGCUUCUGAUGCCAGCAUGAUAGCUGCUUUGGGUUUGGGUUUCUAAGUUUGCCUCAAUAAAGCGAUAUCUAAUAGGUGAUAAAUAAGGAUUGUUAAUGACCUUCAGACUAACCAGGAACCUACACACAGGAUGGAGGACAGUAACUUAUAUACCUCUUUGAAUUCCUCCCCAGGACCACAGGAUGACUUUGGAUAAGUCCAUGUGCUCAUCUUGGUCUUCAAGGAGAAUGCUGAGAAUGCUUCUGCCGUCUCUCAGCCAGAGGCACCUAUGACUCUGUUUUGCCUGGUAUUGUUUAAGUCAGUGGUUCCCAAACUCUUCCACGUACUCUGACCAUUUGAACAUUGCUGAGAGUCCUUGCGGAUUUUCUGUCUGUUCUAGCAAUUAGAAUGUGCUGUGCUAAGUGCUGUGUGAUUUUUAAUUGUAUUUUUAUAGACAUGCCACGGACCACCUGAAUGAAGCUUGUGGACCACAGUUUGGGAACCUCUGAGCUUUGCCACUCCUCUUAGCUCUUGGGACCACAAAUCCAAAUUUCAGACACAAUUGGAAUGCUGAAUCAGCAUUCAGAUCAUUCUAUCACAUCUGCAAUAGCAUUAGUGGCUUGGGAAGAGCAAGAUCCCAAUGAUGUUAACUAGGAUUGGUCCUCUAAAGCAUCACCAUUUUCCUGCUUACCUUGCAGAGAUGCAGCAUUGAGAAUAACCAACACUGAACUUGAGUGACUUGCCUUUAUAUAAUAGAAUUGCACAGCAUUUCUUCCAAUUCUGGCUGAUCCAACAGCUGGCUCUUUCUUGGUAUCUACAGUGGGGAUUCCAAGGUCACUGUUGACUGCUAUGGUACCCACUUCCUUUGUUCCAAAGCUCUUUACUCCUGCUCUUGAUGUGUACCCUCCACUGUGUUGUAUGGUCCUAGCGUUGAACAAAGUAGACUGUUACCUUAUCCCUCCAAGUGUGAUUCUCAUAUAAGUGCAGGCCAGGGGUGGCUAACCUAUGGCCCUCCAGAUGUUGUCAGACUCCAGUUCCCAAUAGCCUCAGUCAGCAUGGCCAGUGGUGAGGAAUGACGGGAGCUGUGGUUUAGCAGCAUCUGGAGGACUGCAGGUUUCCCAUUACUAGGUAGACCUUAAGAGCCUUGCUGAAUGAACCAAAGGUCCAUCUAGUCAAAUAACCUGUUAUAGUCACAAAUCGGAUGCCUCUAGGGAAGCGAAAAGUAGGGUGGGAAGGCAAAACCUUUCCCCAUUGCUAUUCUCAAGCAACUGAUAUUCUGUGGCAUAUUCUCUUGCCCCUGGAGUUUGGAUGUAGCUAGCAUGGCUCAUACUCAUUGAUAAAAUGAUCCUCCAUUAGUUUGUCUUCCCUCCUUUAUGCUAUUUUAAGCCUAGUGGUCAUCACAUCUAGGACAAUCUGUUCCUUAAUUAUGUGAUGUGCUUUAUUUUGUCCAUCCUGAAUCCUGCCAAUUACUUCCAACACCUGGUAUUAUGAGCAAGGAACAAAAAAAAUCAUGUUCUUCUCAUUCAAAUAAUAAUCUCAACCUCUCAUGUCUUCCCCACCACCACCCCAGUGUAUUUUUCAAAACUGAAAAGCCCCAAACACCAGUUUGGCUUCAUCUGGAAUCUGCUUCAAUCGCAUGAUCAUUCUGGUUGCCUUUUUUGGGUCGCAUUUUCCAAAUGCAGUUGUACCACGGUUCAUUACAAUAUGGUCUGUUUUAUUUUAAUAAUCUUACAGUUGCUGCCCGCUUAUUUUCAUUGAGCUAUUCAUCAUGACCCGAAGAUCUUUCAGACCCUAUUAGCCUGUACACACAGCCACAUGCAGCUUGUUUGCUGCAGUAUGCACAACUUCAUUUAUAUUUAACUUCACUUACCUUAUUAUUGCCCAUUUCCCCGUUUUGGAGAUGCCCUUUUGGAGCUCUGUGCAGUCAACUUUUGUUUUUCACCAUUCUAAACUGGUGUCAUGUGCAAGCUUGUCCAUUUCCCCCCUAAUUCCAGUUGACUUAGGAACAAGUUAAUUAGCACUGACUCCAGUACAGAUCUUUAGAAAGUCCAUAUGUGUCUGUCUUGCAUUUCAAAAAGUGUUCACUUACAGUUCCUUGCUUCCUGUUUUUCAAUGGAUUACUAAUGAUAAACUUCUAGGUCCAUCAUAUCACUUCAGAUAGAGCUUUGGAACUUCUGCCAAACUGUUGUCUAACUCAUCUUUCCUCAGUGAUGGUCUACGUUUAUAUGUGGAACAAGUAAACCCCAUGGAUUGUCUUUAAUCCUCAGAAAAACAGCAGUCGUGAUCCUUCGUCAAUGACAUAGUCUUCCUGUGUGUUCAGUCUAACCACAACUUAGCAGUACCCCUACCAUCUGCUCUGCCUGAGGUGGGCAAGGACUCUUGGAGGAGAAUAGUGACGAGGACACCUGCCUGAUGACUCUUGGGACAAUAUCUACUGAAUACAGCAAGAUGGAAGACCCAUAAAUCACUCAUAAACAUUUUUGGCUACGGAACUCAAGUAGAAGAGCUAGGAAAAACUUGCACCAGAGACCUCUGAGCCACUGCCAUCUGGAGCAGAAAAUACUGGUCUUGCAUGGUACAAAUUGUCAGGAGUGACAAUUUAUUGCAAUAUAUAAUGAAAACAUUUUUACUUGGGUUUACUAUCGCAGUUUACUAAACAACAACCAAUGUCUAAAAUGCAAAAUUUUAAAACACAUUUGCAAAAUGCUAUUGUUAUUCUGAAACAGCAUAAUAAAACUAUGGUCAGU